UUUUCUUCUGGUGGCUUAGAUUAGUGGACAUAGCACAAUUGGCCUAUUUUCCCCACCAAAAUUCAAAAUUCCCGCAGAGGUUGAGGUUAGGUUAGUGGACGUAACUUAAUUGGACUAUUGUCCCGUCAAUAUCCGCCAUCUUGGAUGACGUAAUGCGAUGUUGCAAAGUCUACAUGCCACCAUUUUGAAUAAAUUUGGCAACAAUGGAGAGUGGGGUGACGUGAAGGUUGCCCUACUACUGACAUGUUAUUGCUCUUUUUUUUUCCUCGUAUCGCUCUCAGCCCCGAGAUGGUCGCUCGCCGGCUGAAUUGCUCCACGGUCGCCAUCAUCGAACCUCGAUGUUUUUUCAACAUCCGCCUCAUCAGGUUCCUGUGCAGCGGCAGAUACCUGCUUUUGCCCCAUGCGACGUUGUCUACUACCGCCACUAUCGAGGUUUACGUCGUUGGCUCGAAGGGCGCAUUCUUCGCUGCCUCAGACGCGCUAUGUAUCUGGUUUUGGGGGCCUCUUGUGAGGUGCGCCGGCAUCUCAAUCAGCUGCGCCUCUGUCGUCGCACGGAAUCUGCCGCUCGCCGUCUGCUUUCAGCGACAGUGCCGUUCGGUCAGCCCCCCGGGAACCCAUCUACUGGCUCGCCUCAGCCCCAGGUGUUACCGACGCUGCCUUCCAGUUUGCCCCAUGGCGACGCGCCGCCGCCGCCUGUUCUCCCGCCAGCGACGCCCACAGUGGACGCUCCGCUGCAGGUGCCGGGCGCCCCCCUGGGUCACACGCCGCCGAUCGCUCCCCGGGGCCAGUUGUCCUCCGACAUGGAACUCUCGCCUGCUCCGGACCAUAUGUCGUCUUCGCCCGUCGGAUGCCCAGGCCCGAUGGAGGUCGACUCUUCGGCCCCUCCUGUCUCUCUACGGGCGCAUGCACCGCAUGUUGGCGUGCACCCUGGAGAAUGACUCUGUUUUGACAAUGAACUACCUACUCAGAUAUUUUGCCUCUGGUGAUUUCUUUCUGUCCACUGGAGACAUCAUUGUUAUUGGCAAAGGGAUAGCCAGCACGAUUAUUAACAGGAUGUGUAUGGCAUUGGACAACAUGCACAAGAGACAUUUUUUUUUGAAUUAUUUCAGUUCUUUGAUGUAUUUAAAAAAUGAAAUAAACAAAUGUAUAUGGAUUAAUACAUUUUUAUUCUGAAAUAA